AUGGGUCUGCAAGUGACUUUUACUAGAAUUUUUCUGUUGAUAAUCUUGUUUGUUUGGGUCAGAGAUGCUCAAGGUCAACUGAAGGUCUUCAAUGUGAUGAACUAUGGUGCAAUUGCAAAUGGACAUUAUGACAACAGCGAGGCAUUGGGGAGAGCAUGGAAUGAGGCGUGCCAUUGGAAAGGAACCGGUGUAGUACUGAUUCCAAGGGGAACCUACAUGGUGCACCCUGUGAAAUUCCAGGGUCCAUGCAGUGGUCGAACCAUGUUCCUGAACACAGGAGAGGUGUUGGCUCCUACUGACCCAGCUUUAAUCCACGCUGAUAAUUGGAUUGCCUUUCAAGAAAUUGAUGGGUUGAGGGUCAGUGGAGGCGGGUCAUUUAAUGGCCAGGGAGAGAAGGUUUGGCACAAUAACGUUUGCCAUAAGAACUACAACUGCAAACCCCUUUCCUCAUCAUUGUCUUUCAAAUUUGUCACAAAUGGCAGGAUUGAUCACAUAACAUCAAUCAACAGCAAGAUGUUCCAUUUCAAUAUAUAUGAUAACCAGAAGAUAAGCAUCAACCACGUUAAAAUAUUGGCCCCUGCUGAGAGCCCCAACACUGAUGGAAUCCAUAUUGGAAGAUCAAACGACAUCAGAAUUACAAAUUCAGAGAUACGAACCGGAGAUGACUGCAUAUCCUUGAAACAAGGCAGUAGAGACAUCCACAUUCAAAACGUUCAAUGUGGGCCUGGCCAUGGAAUUAGUGUUGGAAGUCUAGGCAAGGACGAGGGGGAAGAAGAAGUCAGGGGAAUAACAGUAAGAAACUGCACCUUUCAGGGCAGCGAUAACGGUCUGAGAAUCAAAACUUGGGCGGCCUCUACCAGAAACAUUGCAUCAGACUUCACAUUUGAAGACAUUGUCGUCGAAAAUGUCCGAAACCCCAUCAACAUCGAUCAAGAGUACUGUCCCCACCCUCCUUGCAAUGAGGGUGAAUCACAAGUUGAAAUCAAAAAUGUGAAAUUCAGAAACAUCCGGGGCACUUCAAGUACAAAAGUUGCAGUGAGCCUCAUCUGCAGCAGUAGAAUUCCAUGUUCCGACAUCGAGCUCCAUAACAUCGACUUAGUGUACCAUGACCAGGGAGGACCUGCAACUUCAAGCUGUCGACAUGUCAAUGGUGUUUCUUCUGGGGUACAAAGACCUCCCAGCUGCAUAUAG